AAAAAAGCUAUUUCAUAUUUCCUUAGUGGCACAUUUCACUCUGAGAAUUGUAACGUGACAGAUCAUGUCCUGUACUUAGGAGUGGUGAAAGUAGUUCUUGGUGUGCUUCUGGAAAGAAAUGAGAAACUCCAUGACAGAAGAAUGCAAAUCAUAAAAAAAGAAACUGGCUGGAGUCCACACAUGUAGGAUUGCAAGAACAGGGGUCUGUUAUAUUUGGGGUGACCAUGUGUUUUUGGAUAUCUGAGUCACAGGCCAUGACUCCUCUCUUCCAGCUGCACUGGAGAGGAGCAAGAGAUUUUCCAUGUGAACUGAAUGAUGCUGGAUUUCUUUUUUGAAAGGUCAGGUUAAGGACAUUUGGGUUUGGGGUUUGUUUGUGGAGGAAGAAAAUCACGUGGAAGUUUGGCAUUGCUAAGGAAGCACCAAAGGAGGCUGGAUAGCAGGACCUGGUGGUGGUAUCAAAUUUGCAGGAGAUGUCACAAAGCACAUCAUCAUGUCCCAUUGCCCAGUUGUUCCAGGUUCUAGGAGAUGGAUCCUGGAGAUCUCCAAAGACAUCUAGAGUUCCUAAAUUAAGGAAAACCUUGGUCUUGGUUCUGACCCCUGUUGUCACACUGGCCAUGUUUUCAACACAACUUAUAAAAUAUGGCACUAAAAAGCAGGAUCUGAUUCUUGGUAUUCUUUCUACUCUCAUUCUGCCCUGUCAUCUUUGGGAACAGCAAUGCCUGAGCUGGGUUUCCCACUAGCUGUGGUGCAGCUCAGCAUUACUUCCAGCCUUGGGGAUUUGGGAACAGCAGGAGGGAAAUGAAAUUCUCCGUGACACAACCGCAGUGUCAGCUGAGUCAGCUCUGGCUCAGCACGGCAACAUUAACAAUUGAUGAGUAAUUUCCAGCUGUGAGGGGGUGGUUUUUAUUGUGGUAUUUUAUUAUUCUCUUGUUUUAACCUCACGAGCAGUUACUGAUGAUGCUGACACCACACAUGGUGCCCUGGGAAGGGUGGUGAGGAUCUCAGCAGGGUUCACUGCCAUCCUUCUGCAGAGGUGCCACAGCCACAUGACUCUGCCGUGUGCCCACUUCACCCCUGCCCCGUGGGGACAAAUGGGAGAGCAGAAUCUGUGGCCUUUCCUCUGGAAAACAGAACUUGGACACCUCAGGUUGGACGUGUUCCCUCUCGAAAUACAUUACCCAAAGAGAUUUCUGGCGGCCCCAGUGAGAGCAGUACGGGUGGGGUGAGGAAGCCCCACACUCACACUGUGGCAGUGGUGGGAUGACCCAGUUGUUUGAUUUCCACCCCUUGGUUCUAAAGCUGUGUGAUCAAGGAGCCAAGGUUCCUUUUGGUUAUUUAUCUAGUGUAUUUUCAGCUUAAUGCCUCUUGAUUGAACCAACUCAUAAUCAACAGAGCUGGGAUAGUAUCUUCUUCCUAAGGGUCUUGGUGUCCUGUCCCUGUAGACCUAGGACAGAAAUUUGUAAAUGCUGCUUUUUAGGCUCUUCACAGAAUUCCUGUGAACCAAGAGAUGCUGCAACUUUCCCCCUCCUCCCUGCAUUUGAGCCCCUCCUCCUCCAGGAGUGAUUGGCACUCCUGGAUUGCUGCUGUUUAGCUUUGAAGAUCCCUGGCUUUGGUGAGCGAUCAUGAACAAAGAGAUUUCGAUGUGUUCGGCUCUGAUGCUGACUUCCUGUUUUCCUCUCCUGAAUUUCAGAACAAAUGUCAAGUGCCUGAGUUUUCACAUUUUAAAAUGACAGUUUCUCAGGAGUGACAGUUCAGCAUUUUCUUAAAUUUGAGGCCUUUAUGGAUUUCUCAUUUGCUCACACAGAUUUCUCUGAUACGCUGUUGUCAGGAAUACAGGAAUAAUAGGAAAUCUGGAAAUAGCUAAGAAGGCACCUGUGCACUGCUGAAAGUGCACAAAACAUCUUAAAAUGGCUCUACUAAUUUCUGCAGAUUUUUUCCACUGUCUUGCCUCAGCUCUGCAAUGAAAUGAUGUUUAGAAUAGAGAAUUUGGUCCAAACUCAGUGUGUCAUUGUCACAGAGGGUGGGUUUUGUAGGUGGCGCCCCGUGCUAUGACACAGUCAGAGCUGCACCACUCUGGGCAGGGCCACGCCAGGGAUCCAACACUUUUGUGCCUUUCAUUUUCUCUGCUGCUGCAAAUGAGCUCCCCAAAGGCACAGGGAAAUGUUUAAGUUAAAAAGACAAACAAACAAUGAGCUGCUUACUGAUGAAUGCUGAUUAUGAGAUCGAAACGGUGAAGUUGGCCCGUUUAGUUUACAGCAAACUGCACGAGAUCUGCAGCAACUGGGUGAAAGAUUUCCCCCUGCAGCCCAAGCCCCACCGCUACUACGAGACCUCCAUCCACGCCAUCAAGAACAUGCGCAGGAAGAUGGAGGACAAGCACGUCUGCAUCCCUGACUUCAACAUGCUCUUCAACCUCGAGGACCAAGAAGAACAAGCUUAUUUUGCAGUGUUUGAUGGUCAUGGAGGAGUGGAUGCUGCCAUCUAUGCCUCCAUCCACCUGCACGUGAACAUGGUCCACCAGGAGAUGUUCCAGCACGACCCAGCCGAGGCUCUGUGCCGAGCCUUCCGCGUGACCGACGAGCGCUUUGUGCAGAAGGCAGCCAGGGAGAGCCUGCGCUGUGGAACCACCGGGGUGGUGACUUUCAUCCGAGGGAAUAUGCUGCAUGUGGCUUGGCUGGGGGACUCCCAGGUCAUGCUUGUGAGGAAAGGCCAAGCUGUGGAACUGAUGAAACCCCACAAACCAGAUCGAGAGGAUGAGAAGAAGCGAAUCGAGGCCCUGGGUGGCUGCGUGGUCUGGUUUGGAGCCUGGAGGGUGAAUGGGAGCCUCUCUGUCUCCAGAGCUAUUGGAGAUGCUGAGCACAAGCCAUACAUCUGUGGGGACGCAGACUCUGCCUCCACAGUGCUGGAUGGCUCUGAAGACUACCUCAUUCUGGCCUGUGAUGGCUUCUACGACACAGUCAACCCCGAUGAGGCAGUCAAAGUGGUGGCUGACCAUCUGAAGGAAAAUAACGGUGACAGCAGCAUGGUAGCACAUAAAUUGGUGGCAUCUGCUCGGGAUGCCGGCUCCAGCGACAACAUCACCGUCAUCGUGGUGUUUCUCAGGGACAUGAAUGCGGCGGUCGCGGUCAGCGAGGAAUCGGACUGGACAGAGAACUCUUUCCAAGGUGGUCAAGAAGACAACGGGGAAGACAAGGAGAACCAUGGAGACUGCAAACGGCCGUGGCCCCAGCACCAGUGCUCAGCACCUGCAGAUUUAGGCUAUGAAGGACGAGUGGACUCCUUCACUGACAGAACUAGCUUAAGCAUAGGGUCCAGCGUUAACCCCAUGGAUGAUCAAGGCUAUUUAGACCUGACAAAAACAGAAACUAGUACACCUCAGAGUGCCAAAUGUCUGCCACCAGUCCAAGCGUUUAGUCCUGGCAUACCAAAGAGUGCGGGUUCGAUCAGCAGCUCCCCGGUGAAGAGCGAGUCCCCGGAGCUCAGCGUGUCCUCGGGCUGCGGCCGGAGUGAUCGCAGCGAGGACGGGCAGGAUGCCGCCCCUCUGAGUUCGGGUGCUGCAGGGCAGGGCAUCUACAGGGUCAGGGGUUUGUCCCCCGUCUUCUUGGGGCUGGAAGAUGAACUGUUCAAAUCCUUGGGAAAACGAGCUGCGUUCCCUCAUUUCCGGAUCUGCAACGGGAAGAGGCGGCGAGGAGCCAGGCUCAAACCAAAGUUUCACACGCUGCUCUGGGCUCACGAGCCUUCCCAGGGAGAAGGAUCCGGCCUGGCCUUCCCUGCCCGGGGCCGCAGGAGCAGGAGGGCAUUGGCCCGACCCUCCCCGUGGCGGAGGCUGCCCAGCCACGGCUCUUACAGCGAGUGUUUGAUGCGAAGACAAAGUCAUUGUAUACCAGACCCACACCUUCAUCAAUGCUGUAAAAUGUAACCACUCCCUCGUGUUCCCCCUGUCAGACUCCCAAAGUAGACAUUCCCAAAAUAAAACUGGCAUCAUCAGAAAGCGAAUAAGAGGUGGGCAUUUCCGAACUGUACUCCAGUCCCCUGCCAAGCUCAACCCCUGUGUAAAUAGAUCUAGGAAUUAACCAAUGUAGUUGUUUCAAUCUCUAACAAAGUUUGGUGGUGGUGCCACCCCCAGCAAUGCCGCAGCCGCCCGACCACCCGCACACACGAGUGUCCAGCCACAUCCAGCAGGGAGAGCCCAGCAGCCGCUGCACGUGGACAGACAACGCCAGGGCACGGUCCCUAAACACGCAGAAGGUUGCACCUGCCUGAGAAAUGUCUGUGGAGCAAUACUCAAGGAACGAUCUGGGUUAGAACUGCCAAAUACUUUCAGAGCGGGGGGAAGUUUCCAUAGAGUCGAGGUGUGGGGGUUUUCUUUGGGGUUUUGUUUUUCUUUUCGUGUUCUGCUUUCUGUUUAUUCCAGGUGAGCGUUAAGAUGAAUUAGAAAACUACAUCCACUUUUGCAGGUAGACGACUAAAAGCCAUACAGGGUUUACCAGGUACCUUAGGAAUGGACACACUAAGCUCCUGCUGCUCUGGUCUCAGACUCCCAUCGAGGUACAGACUCAUAAUUUACUUUUUUUUUUUUUUCAUGUAAUAUAAAAUGCAGAGUAUGAAGAAAACUUUUCUUGCAGUUUUAAAAAGAAAAAAUUUCCUAUGGCUGGAGGUGCAGUGUAGGGAAUUUCGUAUCUUUCUGGUGCUUUUAGUGGCAUUUUUCUCAUUUCUCAGUUUAGGAAAUUGUUCUCAAUGAGUUGAACAUGAUUGUGCUUAAUGCUUUGAGCCAACCUCUUCCCACCUUAACUUCAUCUCAGGUCUUAAAGAACCCAACCCGUGGAGGUGUCCAGUCCCACCCUGUGUCCCCGCACAGAUCAGGAGCUGUUGGAUGAGCUGUGUGGUUCUGGUGAGGAUUCCCAGGUGGCAAAGGCAGCAUUUCACAUCCAGUGGCAGCAGGAAGGAUGCAGCAGCACGGCUGCCACGGGGUGUGCUCAGGGUGUGUAGGGAUGGAUGCCGCAGCAAUCCAAAGGGGAUGGAAAUGCCGAGGAGGCAGCAGAGCAGGGGCUGCGCUGCGGCUUCAGCGGAGAGGGCGGAAUUCAGUGCCUGGGCAGGGCUCUGCUCCGGCUCCCCAGGCUCCAGGAGGGCCAGGGAGGAACUCAGCUGCCCUUCUUUGCAUAAGCAGCGGCCACCAGCCCCUCCCAGCUCCCGAGGUGAGGUCACACCCGUAGGGGAGCCGCUAAUUGGGACGUGAAUAAGCGGCCGAUUCCCAUCAGCUCCACUAAGUCCAGAUCCCGUUCCUACCUUGUUACAGCGAUGCAUUGGGAGGAGUAUGAAUAAAUUAAGUCUUCAUAGGCACUUAGUGAACAAUUCAUAUCAUUUUAGCAGUAACAAUAGCAGUAUUAGUGUUUAGCUAGGAUUUGCAAAGUAUUUUAAUAUUAAGUAGUCAAGAAAAUGAUUCAACACGGCGAGAUGGCGAGGCUUGAAUUCUGCCAAUUUCCGCUGCUUCUCUCUUUGAUGCACUAUUUUAAAAGCAAUCUGAUGAACAGCAAAAGGCUUUGUGAGCAACCAGGAGUUGGAGUGUGGCUUUAGAUUCCUUUGAUCUUUUUCAAACUUUGUUUUAAUCUUAUGGGAUCAUUGGCUCUUAUCUGCCAUCUUAUUCUGCCUUAGCUGUUGUCAACGUUCUCUUUAGCUGCAGCUUCUGUUCCAAGUCAGAUUUACCGAGGAAAUUUGAGAAACCAUGAAAUGGUAAAAUAUGCAACUCUGGGGCAUCUCUGCGGUGCCUUUGUUUUAAAUUAUUCACAGUAAUAAUGACUCACUGAAAGUCCAUCUUUAGCUGUCAUGUUCCAGAGAGAAAGGUGGUGUAAGUGCAAUUCUUGAUGUGAGUAAAUUAGAAUGCAAACCCAUCACGGAUGAUAAAACUUCUUCCCAGUCUGCAGGAGCAGUUGAAGAGCACUGGACUGCAUGUGUGCUGUUUUGGGAAGGAUCUAGCUUUUUUAGGUGUGGAUUCAUAAAUGGUAAUUCUGCGACUCAUCCCAUUUAUCUUGCUAGGAGAAAAAAAAAAAAAUCCACCAUCAUAGUUGCAGUGUGGUCAGGUAAAACCAUUGUAUAGAUAGAGCAAGUGUUCAUUUCUUCACUAACUGCAUAUUUAUAGAGUAGAUAGGAACCAUUUGUAAGGUAAGUCCUUUAAAGUUCUAUAAUAUUAAAAGUAGUGGUUAUUGGUCUGAUUAUGCUGCUCUUGAUUCUACACACUAGACAAAAAGCAGUGCUUGUGAAAUGCAGUGUUUUCUCUUAAUGCCACUGGUGAUAGGAAGUAGUUCCUUCAGUUCAAACUCCUGUGCCCUUAUCUGCUGCUUGCUGACGUAAGCAAUAAUCCCUCUCUAACGGUAUCUAAGUGUUCUGUAUCUCGUACCUUGAUCGUCUAUCUGGUGACAGUGUAAAAUAUUAGGCUAAUAGAGAAGUAUCUCAUUGUAUUUAUUAACUGUUGAUACUGAGAUUCAGUCUGUGACCUGUGUUUUGUAUUUUUAUCGUGUAUCUUAGUGGUGGUGAAAAUUUGUACAACAAAUCUUUCCAAUAAAGAGCUGAAGUAUCCCUUUUCCGCGUUCACACAACCCCGCAUCCCUCUCGGUCGACGUGGUGACCGUGGUUGCAGAACCAGGAGGUGGCAGUGACAACAUGACUUUAGUUUUGUUCUGUUUCAGUUGUGGUGGUUUUGAGGAAGGGGCUCAGGGCUGGUUUGCCUGGAGCCGCUCAAAACUCGCUCGUAAGCUCUUCACUGUGAGCGCCGUGGGGCUCCCGCGCCAGGAGGGGCCGCGGUGCUUUUCCAACCCUGAGGAAUGUGUGCGGUGCAGAGAGCAGAAUAGCACCAGAGCAGGGAGCUCUUCACCCAUUUUCCAUUUGCACUAGAGGUGGGUGGAAACGCACGUGUGGAACUUUUCCUUACCUAGAAGUGCCAUCCAUUGUCCUUGUGAGUGAAAACCGUUCCGUAGCUGAGCUGAGCGCGGUGGCGCCGCAGCGCUGGAGGACAAUGUCCAAGCAGACUUUAACUUACACCACGUUUCUGGUGGUGCAUCAUCCUAGAAACUCCGCCUGUUUUUGGAGCACUGUGUGUCAGUUGUCCCAUGGGCAGAUGAGGCACGAGGAGUUGUGUGCAUAGACAUGGCUGCUGUAGUUCAGGUCCGCUCUCUCCUCACCAAAUCCUCCCCACCCCAAGAUUCUGCGGGAAUAAAGCAAAAUGAGAAAGAUUGGUCUAAAUUAGGGGCUGUUUUAGCACAAUUUCACUCAGCACUUAGUCACAUAAACAAAGCCAUCCAAGGGGAUACUGCAGCUUUGUUCAUGUCUGUAAUUUAGGGCAAUCUUUCUUUAAUUCACAUCCUCUUUGCGACAGGAACAAAACUUCCUACCCUCGUAUCAUGUGCAAUAAUAAGGAAGCAUUAACACGACCUCGGGCUCCGAUGUCCGCGCCCCUCCUAAAGACAAACAACCCCCACCUGUCAGGGUCUCGUACAACCCUUGUGUCGUGUCCGGUUUUUCCUCUCCUUCCCUCUGAAGACACCUCGGGACGAGAACAGGGGAGGUGGCUGAGCUCACCCUGAGUGCUGCUGCUCGUGGCCAGCCAGGCACGGUCUCAGCUCCUGGGUGCUCCUGCUGACCUUUCUGUAGCACCUUGUUCAUGAAACAUGUUCUUGAUGAAGUGAAUAAAUUCAAGCUUAAUCAUGUACAAGCGUUGGGACUUCUCCAUUUUAGAGUUUCGUUCUAACCAUGUAUUAGUCAUGCAUAUUUUAUUUAUGAAAGCUGUUUAUACAGGAAAAACUGUUGAAAUUUUACCAAUAUCUUAAUAAAACAGUAAUUUAAACCACA